AUCAUCUCUCACAGACCAUCGAUCAAAAGUAGGUUCCACCUGACGGGUGCCGCUGCCCGGACUUCCUCGACUCCCACGGCGGGAAUGCCUGAGCUGACGCGCCGGUGCGCUAUAGGAGACACCAGAUGAUGAUCCAGAAUCGCGAGUUGGAACAGCUCCAGGCCAAGAUCCGGGAGGCUGAGGAACGCCUCAAAUCCCGACAGUCCAUCGCCGGACCGCCACGUGAAAACCGCUUCUACGGGUCAUCAGGUGAGAUGCCGUCCUACCACUCUCGCUCUGGUCAUGCGUGCCCCUAACAGCUCCCUCGAAAUUCUUUAGCAUCCACUUCCGCGUCGACGUCCCCCACAGAUACAGCAGGUCAAUACUCGAGCGGCGACGAACAACAUAGGCGGGGUCAGGGUCGCAACUCAUGAUGGAUUCGACUUCACUGCUAUUCUUUUCUAUAUAUCCUCACACGGCGAGCAGGUCUGGAGAAAUCGGUUCUGUUGGCUUGUUUUCCC